UAAGAGGAGCUAAAAACUUUGAAGAGCUCAAAAUGGUUAAUGAUAUCACAUGUGCUACUUUCAAAGAAAGUGCACAGCAUAGAGGUUUCCUGGAAAAUGAUAAUGAACAUAGGUUAUUAGCCUUUGGUGAUAUUACAGAUAUGCAACAACUAUGGAAUAAGAACUUUGAUGCAAUGGCAGAAGAUUUUGCAUACAAAGGAAUUCUGGAGGGUCAACAUCAAAUUCAGGCAGUUCUUCAAAGUUUGAAUAUAUUUUUACAAAGACAUAUAAAAACAGUAAAUGACUAUGACUUACCAGAAUUGUUACAAAUGAAUACUGCUGAUUUACCAAGAACAAUUCUAGAAGAAUUGUCUUAUCAUAUUACCCAAGAAGAUCUCGAUAAAGCAAAUAUAUUAAAUGAAGCUUAG